GUAGCCCUAAUUUUUAAAAGCUUAUAUCUAACAAAACUAGAAAGAAAUUCAUGCUCAGACGAAUUGCAGUCCGUCCCGACCCUUCCUUAGUGACUUUAGUCAGGAAGGGGAAUGGGGCGAUAAAUAGAGCUUUGGCUCAGAAUUAGACCUUCUGCAGACGAAAUUUUAGACUGCUUAGUGAUAAACUACGUGUAUCGUCAUGAAAAUCAUCUUCUUGAUUUUUUGUUCCUUUCUGAGCUCAGUUUCACCCGACCCACAAUCUUAUAAUGCAAUAUUUAGUUUUGGUGAUUCACUCGCUGAUACCGGAAAUUUCCUUCUCUCCGGUGCCCUAGCUUUUCCGGUCAUCGGAAAACUUCCCUAUGGAGAAACUUUCUUUAAACAUGCAACUGGUCGAUGCUCAAAUGGACGAUUAAUUGUUGACUUCUUUGCGGAGGCGUAUGGAUUGCCAUUACUUCCACCCUAUUUGGCACUGAAAAAUGGCGUAAAAGCCGAAAAUGGAGUGAAUUUUGCAAUUGCUGGAGCUACUGCAAUGGCCGCUGAGUAUUUUUAUAGUAAGAAUAUAACAAUUUUAUGGACAAAUAUUUCAUUAACUAACCAGGUGGGAUGGUUUCAGGAAGUGAAGUCUAACAUUUGUGCCACAAGAAAAGAUUGUAGAGUGUACUUUAGAAAAUCACUAUUUAUAGUGGGAGAGAUUGGAGGCAAUGACUAUAAUUACCCAUACUUUGUUGGUGGAAGCAUUAAACAACUUAAAGCUCUCGUACCAGCAGUAGUUGAAACUAUUAUUGAAGCAACAAGUGUAUUGAUAGACGAAGGAGCAGUAGAGUUGAUAGUACCUGGGAAUUUGCCAAUUGGGUGCUCAGCAUUGUACUUAACCUUGUUUGGCACUACAAACAAAGCAGCAUAUGACAAUAAUGGAUGUCUCAAAGCCUACAAUGCCUUCUCUAAAUAUCACAAUUCUCAGCUAAAACUCUCCCUUGAGAAAUUAAGAGAAGAAUAUCCUCAUGCAAAAAUCAUCUAUGCUGAUUAUUAUGGAGCUGCAAAGAGAUUGUUUCAUGCUCCAAAGCAUCAUGGAUUUUCCAAUACAUUGGUAGCAUGUUGUGGAGGUGGAGGUCCUUACAACUUCAACAAUUCAGCAAGAUGUGGUCAUAUUGGGUCUAAGGCAUGUUUGGACUCUUCUAAAUUUGCAAAUUGGGAUGGAAUUCAUUUAACUGAAGCAGCUUAUCACCACAUAGCCAAGGGAUUACUCAAUGGCCCAUUCACUUCUCCACCUCUCACAUUUUCUCCCAUUAAGCAAAUUUAGAUUAACUUAAUUCUCAUAAAAAUUUCUCUCUGCAUGCAGUAACAAAGAAAAAAGAAAACAUAGGAAUUAGCUGCGGACAAAUUUCGUUACUAAAUAGCAAUAAUAUCCUUUGCUAAUUCUAUUUAGCAAUGGAUUAUAAAAAUAUCUUAUUUGCUACAUGCUAUUUAGUGAUGAGUUAGUAAAAAUUCUGUGACUAAUUCCUUUUUUAGUAGAUGUGUGUGUGUAUAAAAUUGAGAGUAAGCGUAGAUUUGACAAUAAAUUCAAAUGUAGACUGUUGUUGGCCAAGACAUUUUAGCCGCGCAUGUUAUGUUUA